AUGGCGGGCCCGGCGGUGGCAGAGCGUCUCGAACGCGUGGAGGAUCGCUUAGGUGAGUGGGAGGCUACGCUCCGCGUCCGGGUGAAGGGGGCUACGAAGGUCCUGGAGGAGGGCAAAACCUUGGAAACCACCUCUCGCGAGUUCUGGCGUUUGAAGGAGCAAGUGGGCACCUUGCUCCAAGAGGCUACCGAGGAUGUGUUGAAGGGGCUCGACCCGACAACCGUCCCUCCUGAGCUGAUCGGUGGGCUUGGCCAAGUCUUUAACAAGGAGAACUUGGUAGGUGUUUUCCCCCUGGGUGGGAAGUUUUCCGCGACGGAUACGGUGGAUAUCCGGUUCCAUCCUGGUUUGGGGGGGCUGCGCGCGAAUUUUUUAAUCAAGAACGUCCUCUCGCCUCUUUUGAAGAAGGUGCCAGAGCCUCGUCCUCUGGAAGUCUGGGUUCCGCUGUCGAUGGCAGAGUCCAAGCGCCGUCAGCGGAAGCGCGACGCGAGUGGACUGUUCCCGAUGGUGGUGAGUUACCAGGGUUUGCACCUCCUCUUUCCCUUCUCCCUCUUCUCGCUCUUCUCGCUCUCCUCUCCCUCUCUCUGUCUUCCCCUCUCUCUUUCCCUCUCCUCUUUGCCGCUUGAUGCAUUGCGUUGUGCCCAGUGA